UUUCGGACGGGCUUGAACUAGGGCUACACUCGAAAUUCCAUUCGGAUAACGAUUCUACUGACCUGUCAAAGAAUCUUGUCGUACCUGAAAAUAGCUCCGAUGAAUCCAAGGAAGACGUAAACGACAGCGCACGUGCGUCUGAUAAAAUCCCGAAAAAUUCUAGAAGUGGAGAUGAUGAGAUUUUGCAGCACAUUCCUUUGAAGAAACCUAGGGUUUCUGUCCGAGCUCUCUGCAACACUCAAACGGUUAGUGAUCGAUCGAAAAAAUGCUUACACUUUUUUUAUUUUUUUAUUAUAAAUUAGAAUAUACACGAUUUCAUGUUUCUGAAUUAUGUGGAGUUUAUUUAUGUUGAUUAGAUGAAUGAUGGAUGUCAAUGGAGGAAAUACGGACAGAAAAUAUCGAAAGGGAAUCCUUGCCCUCGUGCUUAUUACCGUUGCACGGUCUCCUCGUCGUGCCCCGUUCGAAAACAGGUUCAGAGAUGUGUAGAUGACAUGAGCAUUCUUACGACCACCUACGAAGGAACACACAACCACCCACUUCCGCCUUCGGCCAUUACCAUGGCCUCCGCCACCACAGCAGCUGCCGCCAUGCUCAAAUGUGGCUCCUCCACUUCGCCGCCAAGCCACAGUGGUGCCUCAGCCACCUCCUCCACCAGCCCUAACAAUAAUCUUCUAGGGUUCAACUUCAGCAGUAGUACUUCAUCGAAUUACGCGAACCUCAACAUAUCCCAUUUCCCGAAAGCCACAAUCUCUUCUUCACAAUCACACCCUACCGUCGUAUUAGACCUCACCGCACCGAAUCACACGACCCCAUCUCCACAAAAUAACAACAAAUUCUCGUCGAGAUCAUUUGCACACUCUUCUUCUUCUUCUUCUCCGACGUCGCUCAACUUUUCGUCUUUCGAUACCAACAGUAUAGGCUGGGAAAGCAAAUUCCCGGGCGUAAAUUAUCAACCUUCUUUGUAUAACAACUUUCAGAUUUCUCAAAAACAGACGGAAAAUGAUCCGAAAAUCGCUGCAAUAACGCGUGAUCCGAAUUUUCGAUCAGCUUUAGCUGCUGCAAUCACGUCGAUUGUUGGGACUAAUAUUGUUCAAGAAAGAAACACGGGUCUGAAUUUUCAUCCGAGUUUUUUGAAUAAAUUUCCUCAGUCGGGAAAUCCGCAACAGAAGAAGAACUUGACACAGUUUCUUCCAUUGACUAUGUCCUUGGCUGAUGAAGGUGAACAGAUAGAAGUCAUGAAUUUUGGAAUUUGAGUUCAAAUUCUUUUUUUUUUUUCUUUUUUGAUGAAUUUGCGUUCCGAUCCCAAGAGUCGAUUCCAUGGAUCCCAACUCAAUGUCAUUUUCUUCUUUUAGGUUUAGGAGAGUGAUACUGUAAAUAAGUAAUCCAUGUACUUACGUUCAUUCACCCUUUUUUAUCGGUUAAUUUAUUCAUACUUCUCGAGAAAGGGACUUGCUAAA